AUGAACACAAGGAGGAACGCUGGUCGGGGAAGAGGAGAAAUAGCUGCUGUGGGCAACCAAGUUCCACCCCUUGCCCCAGCUACAGGAGUGGCCAUGCCAGUUAACCAAACUGGGUUGACUGAUGCGGAGGUGCGGACCGCUUUGGCACAGAUGGCUCAAGCCAUCACUGUGCAGGCCCAGGCUAAGAUGGCCCAGACCAACAGACACGAGGUUCAACGGGAGAAACCACUAGCCCAUAAUAUAGCGAACAGGUUGCGGGAUUUUACGAGGAUGAAUCCUCCAAUCUUUACAGGAUCUAAGACUGCAGAGGAUCCUCAGGAGUUCGUGGAGGAGGAUAGCAGGGCAUUGGGUGGAGGUCCGAUCACUUGGGAGCUGUUUAAGACAACCUUUCUGCAGAGAUUCUUCCCCAGGGAGAUGAAAGAGGCUAAGGUUGAGGAGUUCAUUAACCUUAAGCAGGGCUCGAUGACUGUCAGGGAGUAUUCUCUAAAAUUUGUAAAAUUGUCCAGGUAUGCCACUUCCCUUGUAUCGAACAACAGGGACGAGGUUGAGGACAGUAGGAAGAAAAGAAGAGUCCAUGAGGUCAGGAGGCCUAAACCUUCUGACCAAGCAGGUUCCAGUAGUGGUGGUGGUAGGAGCACUUUCGGAGUUUGUGAUCAACCCAGAUUUAAGAAGGGGCAUCAGAGUUCAGAAAACUCUAACUCUCAGAGGAGUGCAGCACCCAGAGGAGGCAGACCUGAGCCCAAGAAGGGAGAUGGAGGUGAUGUGCAGUGUCCCAAAAAGGAAUGUGGCAAGUGUGGCCAUAUUAAUAGUGGCGAGUGCAGACUAGGCCCAAAUGCGUGCUUCGAUUGCGGGAAGAGCGGACAUAUGGUCAAGGACUGUCCACAGAAUAGGGGUCAGGCUGGAGGUAAUGCUCAGCCUAGGCCUAAUCCCCAGAAUGCUGCUGCAGCUGAGCCUCCUAAGAGGAAUAGAUUCUACGCCUUGAAGGGCAGGGAGUAA